GUAGACAGGAAGAGGAAGUGAAGUCCGCUUCGGUGGUAAAGUUUGUUAGCCAAGAAUAACCAUAACACAACUGUCCUCGCCUGACAACUAAGGCUUUUACCGUUAUGGGUACCGCAGCCACUAAAUUACAGAAGGAUCAGUUGUCGGAGUAUCAGGAGCUCACAUUCCUCACCAAACAAGAAAUUCUGCUGGCUCAUAAAAGAUUCAAUGAACUCCUGGACAGAAAUGAGAGGCAACAACUCAGUUCCCGGGUACCCAUGAAUAAGAUUUGUACUUUGCCGGAGCUCAAGUCCAAUCCCUUUCGAAAAAGGAUCUGCCAUGUCUUCUCCACCUCAGAGCUGAAGGAUGGGAGCUUGAGCUUUGAAGACUUCUUGGAUCUCUUGAGCGCCUUCAGUGAUUCAGCAACGCUGGAAAUCAAAUCGCACUAUGCUUUCAGAAUUUUUGAUUUUGAUGAUGAUGGGACACUUGAUUCUGGAGAUCUCGAGAAGUUGGUGAACUGUCUGACUGGGGAGUCUGCAGACACGAGACUCUCUCCUGAGGAAAUGAUUCAGCUCAUAAACAAUAUUCUUGAGGAAUCAGACAUUGAUAAAGAUGGGACUGUAAACCUCUCUGAAUUCCAGCAUGUUAUCUCCAGGUCUCCAGAUUUUGUUAGUUCCUUCAAGAUUGUGCUGUGAAGAUAACUGAGAACCAAAGACUUUUUUUUUUUGUUUUUUUUUACGCCCAGCUCAUUUUCAACACACAUGCACUUUGCUCUUCACCCAAAAGUACUACUGUAACAUUAACUGUGGUUGUUUUUUUUUCCCGUAUCUGUAUUUCAGCUGCCUUUGUAAUAGCAAAGAUUUUUAUUUUCUCUAUUCUUAUUAACUCUUGUUAACUCUUAUUAACUGUUUGUUUGGACAUGUAUUUGUAUAUUUGAUAAAUGCUUGUACGUUUCCUUUA